AUGGCAUCCGUCUCCAAGCCCAAUGCCGACACUCUGCUCGAGCUUAUGAAGGGCCGUCGCAGCUACUACGCCCUCUCCAAGGACCUGCCAAUCUCCAAGGACCGCAUCCAGGAGAUCAUUCAGGAGGCUCUGCGCCAGACCCCCAGCAGCUUCAACUCCCAGUCCAACCGCGUUGUCGUCCUCUUUGGUGACGAGCACGACAAGUUCUGGGCCAUCGUCUCUGACACCCUCAAGGCCAUUGUCCCCGCUGACAACUGGGAGGCCACCGAGAAGCGCUUGUCCAUGUUCAAGGCCGGCGCCGGCAGCAUCCUCUUCUUUGAGGACAGCAGCGUCGUCGAGACCUUCCAGUCCAAGUUUGCCCUCUACGCCGACCGCUUCCCCAUCUGGGCCGCGCAGUCCGUCGGCAUGCUGCAGUUUGCCCUCUGGACCGCACUCGAGUCCGAGGGCCUGGGCGCCAACCUGCAGCACUACAACCCCAUCGUGGACGAGAAGGUCGCCGAGACCUGGAAGAUCCCGGCCACCUGGAAGCUCAACGCUCAACUUGUCUUUGGCGGCCGCGCCGGCGAGGCCGGCCCCAAGGACUACCUUCCCCUUGAGGAGCGCUACAGGGUCUACGGCGCGUAA